UCAAUGGUUCCUUUUUAUUGCUAAAUAGUAUUCUGUUGCAUUGAUAUGCAAACAUUUAUCUGUUGAGGAACAUUUAUGUUUCCAGAUUUGAGUUAUUACAAGCAAGCCUCCUGUGAACAUUUGUGUCCAAGUCUUUGGAUGUGUUUGUGUGGGAUGCAGCGGGAGGGCUGCACCAGAUGGAAGGUGUAUGCUUCACAUUUUAAAUAAACUUUUAAUUCAGAAUAACUUUAGAUUUCCCCAAGAGUUUCGAAGAUCGCAUAGAGUUCCAUUUACCCAACUCAGUUUCCCUUCCUCCUAGCCUCUUCCUUUACUUUGAUUCCUCAACGUGAAGAAACUGACAUCGGUACAUUAUUAUUAACUAAACUCUAGACUUUAUUUGGAUUUCACCAGCUUUUUCACCAAUGUCAUGUUUCUGUGUCCGGAUCCAGUGCAGGGCACACAGGUGUGAGGUCUCCCCAGUCUGCGCUGGCCCGUGACAGCGUCCAAGCUGGCUCUUUCUUUCGUGCCCUUGGCCGACCUGAACAACACUGGCCAGGUGUCCCGUGACUAGUGAAAGCAGUCCUCUAACCCGGGCUUCCCGUGGGUUUUUCCUUCUGACUGGACCCAGUCACGGCUUCGGAAAGACGGCCAAGUAACCCUUGGCCGUCAGGGUGGGCCACUCAGACGUGACCCUUCUGCCCAUUUUCCGCAUGUGAGGGUCGCUGUCCUUGUUCUGCAGAGGGCGCCCCCCACAACCCCCAAGCCGCGGGCAGCACCCUCAGGACAAACAUCCAUGGAUCACUAAGUAUUCUUCUGUCGGGCGGAGCAGUUCCUCUCUUUCCUUGCUCAUUCACUCCACCAUAGAGGAUGCACAUUUACACCUCGGGUACAAGCCAGUUCUGCAUUAUUUACGCAGUCCUCGCAUUGUUCCAGUUUGGACCUUUGUAGGCUCCUCGCCACUGCCACCUGCAUCCCUCAGGGCCAGGUGCGCAGGCGCAGUGGGCGAUGCCGCUGACUAUGCAGACACAUGUGGGAAGCGGGUGGUGGGCGGUGGGGGCGCAGGCGCACUGGGAGGCAGGCGGUGACCUCGCAGGCAGGCGCAGUUGGCAGCGAGCUCAUAGCGCACCAGGCGGGAGCACGUGGGCAGCCAGCGCAAGGCUGUGGUGGGAGGCUGUCGAUGAACGAGCACGCAGGCGCAGUUGGCGUGGGUACACGUGACCUGCUGGCGUGCAGACGCAAUGGGCGGCUGGUGUACGUGCGUGGCAGGCACGCAGGCGCAGGGUGCGGCCAGCGUACGUGGUACGUGGGGCCUAGGUACCUGCCGACGCCAUGCGGCCGUUACGCUGGCAGGUGGCUGUGGUGGCGGCUGCUGGCCUCGCGCUGGCCUUGGAGACGCUGCCCGCCGUGUUGCGCUGGCUGUGGGUCAGGCGGCGGCGGCCGCGGCGCGAGGUGCUGUUUUUCCCAUCCCAAGUGACCUGCACAGAAGCCCUGCUGCGGUCCCCUGGUGCCACACCCUCGGACUGCCCGUGUAGCCUGCCCCACGGCGAGAGCUCACUUAGCCGGCUGCUGAGCGCCCUGCUGGCCGCCCGCGUCAGUCUGGAGCUCUGCCUGUUCGCCUUCUCCAGCCCGCAGCUGGGCCGCGCCGUGCAGCUGCUGCACCAGCGCGGGGUGCGUGUCCGCGUGGUCACCGACUGCGACUACAUGGCCCUCAACGGCUCGCAGAUUGGCCUGCUCCGCAAGGCAGGGAUCCAGGUCCGGCACGACCAAGACCUGGGCUACAUGCACCACAAGUUCGCCAUCGUGGACAGGAAGGUGCUGAUCACUGGCUCCCUCAACUGGACCACACAGGCCAUUCAGAACAACCGGGAGAACGUGCUCAUCAUGGAGGACGAGGAGUAUGUGCGGCUCUUCCUGGAGGAGUUCGAGCGCAUCUGGGAGGAGUUCAACCCCACCAGGUUCUCCUUCUUCCCUCAGAAGGAGAGGGCUCGCUGAGGCGGGCUCCAGGCCACGGCCCCCAGGCUGGAGUCCUGCCGAGCUCUAGCGAGGAAGGGUGGCUCUCUUGCAUUGAGUAGUGAUGUUCCUUAGAGAGAGUGCGGGCUUAGCAAGGACAGAGACUGCCCUGCAGUGGAAGGGAGGCACUUCGGACUGGGUGCCUCCAUUAGGGUUGGAGAGACAGCAGAUCCAAGUCCCUUUCCUGAUUCUGAGGCCUCCCGGGUCCCCCAACACCCCUUUGCAUGCCCCCCCCGCCACGCUCCCUUGCCCUCCCCCACAUCCGGCCUUCGGAACCUGGGUGACUAGUGUCCAGAAGUUGCUCCUGUUUGCACAUGUUAGGAUUGUAAUUUUUGAUGUUCUUACAAUCAGGGGAGUUUGGCUGUCUGUGUAGACUGACCUUCACCAUGACACCCGAGGCUGUGCUCAGUAUCCCUGAGGCAAGGUGGGUCGUAGGGGUGGCCUCACCGGGCUGUCCUGAUUUCUGGCACAGAUGUGACAUCUUUGAAGUGUCGUUCCCCCCAGCCCCUGCCAACGUAGUGUGUUUCUCUCCAUUUAAAGUUACCUUGGACUUAGGAUGUCGGGCAGGUAAACCCAGACAGAACUCAGCUGAAGUUGUAAAGCGUGGUUCUUGGGUUGGAAGUCAUGUGGCUUCACUGUGACAGAGCUUCUCCCCGAGCCGGGUCCCCCUGAAUAAACUUGCUCCCGUUCCUGUCCA